AUGUCGGAGGGCGGUGUAUUACACAUAAAACAGGAGUUGGAUAUCAGCACCUCAUGUUGCAGUCCGAGCACUUCUACCACAGUGGGCGUUAAUCGCUCGAAUUCCUAUUCAAAUGGCACCAGCGGUAGUACAAGCAGUACUAGUAGCGCCAGUGCGAUCAGUGGUGGGGGCACAGGUGGCAAUACAUCAACCAGCGGCAACAAAUCUUCACCUUCAGUGUCUCCAGAACGUCAAUUGUGUAGUUCAACAACAGCACUAUCUGCUGAUUUGCACAGUGUCACCCUGACGGGAUGUGAAGCAAGUACACCAAUUGCCUUAAAAUCAAAUGAUUGUGGUGGUAACAAUACUAAUAGCAACAAUAGUGCUGGAUCAGCUAGUGGUGGCUCAAUACGCGACGAAUUACGUCGUCUUUGUUUGGUGUGCGGUGAUGUUGCAUCUGGAUUUCAUUACGGUGUGGCAAGUUGUGAGGCCUGUAAAGCAUUUUUUAAGCGCACCAUACAAGGCAAUAUUGAGUACACGUGCCCUGCUAAUAAUGAAUGCGAGAUUAAUAAGCGCCGACGAAAAGCCUGUCAGGCCUGCCGAUUCCAGAAAUGUUUGCUGAUGGGUAUGCUAAAGGAGGGCGUACGUUUGGAUCGUGUGCGUGGAGGUCGCCAAAAAUACCGACGGAAUCCUAUUUCGAAUUCAUACCAAACCAUGCAACUACUUUAUCAAUCCAACAGUACCUCUCUGGAAGAUAUCAAAAUUCUUGAGAUACUAAACGCGUAUGAGCCAGACACAUUAACGGUGCAACAGCAGCAACAACCGCAUACCACUACCGAAAGUAGUAGUAACACGGGCACCGGCAAAGCCACUCAGAAUACUUCUGUUAAGUUGGAACAAAAUAAUUGUAGCAGUGGCGGUAGCAAUAGCAACAACAGCGAAAUAUUGUCUUCCAGUGCACAACCAGUAUGCAUUUUUCAAAAUAACAAUUGUGAUGCCGAAGAAAUUCUUGCUGUUCUCAGUGAUAUAUAUGAUAAGGAACUGGUAAGCGUGAUUGGCUGGGCCAAACAAUUACCGGGCUUCACUGAGCUGCCGCUGAAUGACCAAAUGAAAUUGCUGCAAGUUUCGUGGGCGGAAAUUUUAACAUUACAGUUAAGUUUUCGUUCGCUGCCAUUUAAUGGACGUCUGUGCUUUGCAGCAGACGUAUGGAUGGACGAAUUGUUAGCUAAGGAAUGUGGAUAUGCUGAAUUCUAUUAUCAUUGCGUACAAAUUGCUCAACGUUUGGAACGUUUAUCACCACGACGCGAAGAAUAUUAUCUGCUUAAAGCAUUGAUUCUGUCUAAUUGUGAUAUUUUGCUGGAUGACCAAAGUUCAUUACGAGCAUUUCGCGAAACAAUACUUAAUUCAUUAAAUGAUGUCGUAUGCUUAUUACGUUAUGGGUCUGCAGUGUCACACCAGCAACAGCUGCUUCUCCUGUUGCCAGCAUUACGACAAGCGGAUGGGAUUUUACGUCGAUUUUGGAGAGAUAUUUGUCAUGAGGGUAAAAUAACAGUAAAAAAAUUGUUUGUAGAAAUGCUGGAACCAGUGUCCAGGUGAGAAUGUCUUUGUACAAGAUGCAAGUUAUGAGUGUUCUUGUAUAUAAAUAUUUUCCCAGAAACAACACGUUUAUCAAAAAUUAUGGAUAUGGAAACUCAAUUUAGGUGUAGAAAGUUAACUGUUCAGUUGUUCUCCGUCAGUGGCGGUGUAGGGGUUUCUGUGGGGGGCUUUCAAGGGUUAUAGUAUCGAAUUUAUUUCUAGCAACAAAUAGAAAAACAAAAUACUGCAAAAAAUCGGAUCAUGCGAAAUAUAAUUCAGUUCACUAGGAAGAAAGUGGGUACUACAAUUGGCAUCACAGGGCUAAAGCAACUGUGCUAGAGUGUAAUAAAACCAAUGUACAACAACAUUUAGAGAAAGUAAAGUUUUGGAAUUGUAACGUGUCAUAUAGUAGGUUAUUCCUAAAAAAAACUUGCUUUUUUCUAAAAUAUCGUAUAUAUUACGAUAGCUUGAUUUUCGGGAAAUUGGAAAAUUUUGAUUUUUAGCUGUAUUAACAACAUAUGCAUAAUAUCUUGUGAUGAUAUAUACUAUAUGUACUUUUCAUAAGUUCGUUAAUGAAAAUGUUUUUAAAUGAUACUCAACUGAAAGCCUUGGAAAAAGAAUUGUAAAAUUAUGUAUCUAAAGAUGAAAUGCAAAGUUUUAUUCGCGUUUCGAUACGGCAAAUGGUAUAAGGAUAUAAUAUAAUAUAUUGCACAAUAAAUAAAAAUACCGGUAUUGGUAUACCUUACGAAAUACCUCCUUUAUAACAGUCAUAUAGAAAAAAGUAUAAUAAAAAGCAAAAUACAUAUAUUUGUAUUGUACAACAAUUAUACAUUUGUAUGUGAGUGAAUUUAAUAUGCAUACUUAUAUGAAUAACAAAUACUUCGUAGAUGAAUUUUUGUAAAUAAUAUAUAAAUUAGCUAGUCACUAAGGGCCAAGUAGCUUUUAAGUGGUAGUAAUAAAGUGUUAGAUAAUAUUUAAUGUGUAUCACAGUAAUUUUAGAAAAUAUAUACAUACUUAUACUUGACAUAUUAACGACCAACUGUUUGCAUAUUUCUGAAAAUAAAAUACAUAGUGAUUGA